CCUAUAUUCAAUGGUGAUGCUUCAUUAUUUGAGUGGUGGAAAGAGAGAUUGUAUAGCAAUAUUACUGCUAUUGAUCAUGAGUUGUGGGAUUUGGUUGAGUUGGGAGUAACUUUUGAAAACUUAAAUGAACAUGGAAGAUUGUCCAUUGAGCAUAGAAAGUUACUCACACCAGCUAACUUAAAAACCUACACUAAGCAUCAUAGAGUAAAGGACAUUGUUGUUGGUGCUAUUAGACAUGAAGAUUAUGUCAGAAUAGAGGACAAGUCUACUGCUAAAUCUAUCUUUGAUUCUAUGUGUGCUACCUAUGAUGGUAAUGAAAAGGUUCAAGAGGCUAAAGCUAGUCUUUUGAUAAGGCAAUAUGAACUAUUCACUAUGCAACAAGAUGAAAACAUUGAGACUAUGUUUACAAGGUUUCAAAUCCUUGUAUCUGGUCUUAAAGCUCUCAAGAGAAGUUAUUCCACCUAUGACCAUGUUCAGAAGAUUCUGAGAAGUCUUCCUAUUGCUUGGAGACCCAAGGUCACUGCAAUAGAGGAAGCUCAAAAUCUCAAGACUCUGAGUCUUGAAGCUCUGAUAAGCAAUCUCAGAAGCCAUGAGAUGGUUCUGGAUGCUGACUCAGAAACUAAGAAGAAGUCCAAGUCAGUGGCUUUACAGUCAACUAAGACUACUUCUAAGGCUCUUAAGACUCAGCUUUUUGAUAUUGAAGAAGAAUCUUCUGCUGAUGGUCAAGAGGAUGAGAUGAAUGAGGAUGAGUUUGCUUUAUUCACCAAGUUUCAGCAAUGGAACAGAUUUAACAAAAGAAAUUUCAGAGGUAACAGCUCCAGAAAUUUUGUCAGCAAAAAGGAUGAUCAGAAGAACUGCUUCAACUGUAAGAAGCCAGGACACUUUAUUGCUGAUUGUCCAGAAAUGUCUGCUAAAGACAAAAGCAAAAGAUACAGCUCAAAGAAGCAACAAUUCAAGAGUAAAUUGAGAAAGAGUCUGAUGGCUACCUUUGAAGAGCUAUCAUCUGAGGAAGAAGUUGAGGAAGAAGAAGAGGCAAAUCUAGCCCUGAUGGCUUCAGCUGAUUCAGAUGCAGACUCAGACGAUGAAUCAGAAUCAGAAUCAGAUUCUGAAGUAACUGAUGAGGUAUAUUUGGAUAGUGGAUGUUCAAGGCAUAUGACUGGUGACAAACAACUAUUUUCUAAGCUGACUAUGAAAGAAGGAGGAUCUGUUGGCUUUGGAGGUAAUCAAAAAGGAAAGAUAAUAGGUACAGGUACAGUAGGUAAUUCUUCCCUAUCUAUUAAUGAUGUUUGGUUAGUUGAUGGACUUAAGCAUAAUCUAUUGAGCAUAAGUCAAUUUUGCGACAAUGGUUAUGUAGUCAUUUUUAAUAAGGAAUCAUGUACUGUAUCUAAACAAUCUGAUAACUCCAUUAUAUUCAAAGGUCUGAGAAAGAACAAUGUUUAUAAAAUUAAUCUUUCUGAUUUGAAUGAACAAAAAGUGAUGUGUCUUUUGACCUUGAGUGAAGAAAAAUGGAUCUGGCAUAAGAGGUUAGGCCAUGCUAACUGGAGGUUAAUCUCUAAGCUUAGCAAGCUUGACCUUGUCAGAGGUUUACCUAAAAUCAAAUAUCACUCAAACACACUUUGUGGUUCAUGUCAAAAAGGAAAGAUUACAAAAUCUUCUUUUAAACCUAAAAACAUUGUCUCUACCUCCAGACCAUUGGAACUUCUUCACAUUGAUCUUUUUGGGCCAGUUCACACUGCCUCUAUCAAUGGAAAGAAGUAUGGAUUAGUAAUUGUUGAUGAUUACAGUAGAUGGACUUGGGUAAAAUUCCUAAGAACAUUUGCUGGGUCAAAACACGUGAAAGUCACAUCAACCAGUCUCUUCUCCAUCCGCCAAAACCAUGGCGAGUCAUUGCGUAGUUUCCUAGCCAGAUUCAGCGAAGCCACCAUCAAGGUCUCAAAUCCCAAUCAGGAGAUGUUUGUGGCAGCCUUCCACAAUGGGCUAAAAGUAGGACACUUCAAUGAGUCCUUAGCCCAAAAGCCAGCCUCGUCAAUGCAAGAGGUAAAUAAGAGAGCGGAGUGUUAUAUAAAGGGCGAGGAAAGUAACGCCGAAAAAAGACAAAGAGACGUUAAGGAGAAGGAAUACGUGGGCCGCGCCACCAGAGCGCCUGAACACCCACGACCAAAAGCGGGAGGCCACCAAGGAGACCCGUGGCAAAGGCAUCACGGUAAGCCCUACCGCCAACCACCCAGAAGAGAAUUCAGGAACCAUCCCGCCAAUGAAGACCUUACGCCAUUAAAUGCCUCAAAGGUUUACGUCUUAAACGAAAUUCUGGCCACUGGUUUGGCAAGCCUCCCCCCAAGGAGAACCAGUAACAUUCCCAUGGGGCUUGACGAUAAUGCCUGGUGCGCAUACCACAGGUGUAGAGGUCACUCCACAGAAAAAUGCUUCCGCUUAAGAGAUUUAAUUGAAGAGCUAAUAAAAAGCGGACACCUCCGCAAAUUCAUCGACGAUGCCGCCCAAGGGCGGGUUGUCGUGCCAAAAGUCCCCCGCCAGGAGCCACGGGAUCCCCCGGGGCCAAAUAGGGAGUCUCCCAAGGGGAGAAUCUCCGUGAAUACAAUAGCGGGAGGAUUCUCAGGCGGGGGUGAAUCAAGCUCAGCAAGGAAAAGGUAUGUACGCCGAGCCAUCUCGGAAAUAUACCUCGUAAGACAACCCCAACCAUUAGACGUACCAGAUUUGGCGUUCACUGCAAAGGAUGGGCUGAAGGUAGCGCCUCAUGACGAUGAUCCUUUAGUGAUACAAGUCCAAAUUUUGAACUGCGAUGUAAAGAGAGUACUGAUAGACUCAGGAAGUUCAGCGGACAUUAUGUACUGGGAAGCUUUCAAGGCCAUGCAGUUGGCAGAAGAACAAUUGCAACCCAACUCAGGAACCCUGGUUGGGUUCUCUGGCGAACAAGUGGAUGUAAUGGGCUACGCCUCCCUUCUUACCACGUUUGGAGAAGGCAGCAACGCCAAAACUAUCAAGGUGCGAUACCUGGUAGUUAAAACUCCUUUUACCUCCUAUAAUAUUAUUAUAGGUAGGCCCGCCUUUAACACAUUGGGGGCGGCCAUGUCCACUCUAUACCUAGCAAUAAAAUACCCCCUUGAUAAUGGGGGAGUAGGAACAGUAAGGGGCGAUCAGAUUCUCGCCAAGAAAUGCUACGAGUCCAGCUUAAAGAUACGACACCAAACUUCCAGCGCAAGCGGAAAAUUCGAAAGAAGACAAGCCGCAAUUCCAGGCGGCAUAAACAUCAUAGAGAGCGCAGAUAUGGAUCCGAGAGAGGAAUUUCAAGAUCGAAGGGUAAGUCCUAUAGAAGACCUGGAGCAGGUUCAAAUUGGCGAUCACCCACACCAGACAACCAGCUUGGGAACAACAUUGCCCAGCGAGGAGAGGAGACGAAUCAUCAAAAUCUUGAAGGAUAACGCUGAUCUAUUCGCAUGGAAGCCUUCAGAUAUGCCAGGGAUUGACGAAGGGAGAAAACAGCGUCUUGGACACUCUCAGUUGACGGGGCCUCCAAUGUGCGAGGAAGUGGAGCCGGAAUAG